AUCCUACACCAGUCUGGUCAAUCGUGGUAGGCCAUUUGAGUAGCGUCCCGGACCACACUUUACGUAACAACUUUUGGCGAUUCUGCCAGGACGCUGUUACCGUUUGACUGAUGUAGGUGUUUCAGCACGACGAUGAGCACGAUGAUAAGCACAAUGACGAGCACGAUGAUAAGCACAAUGACGAGCACGAUGAUGAGCACAAUGACGAGCACGAUGAUGAGCACAAUGACAAUGUAGACGCCGGGGGAGCUAGCCUUCGUGCUGAUGGGACCUGUUCCGAAAGCACAGCGUUAAACGGUUUGGGCUUUUGUGUGUAGUUUGCUGUGGCGUUCUUCGUAUUGUUUCCUAGUAUAUCUUCCGUUUUAUAUUUGGCUUUUGUGUUGGGUUGAUACGUCUCGCGAUUGUUUCACCUUUAAGCAUAUAGGUGCUUUCGGAACAGGUGACGUAUUUGCUGAUACCUUUCGGUACAAUGAAUUUCGAACGCGACAGUUAAUGGUAGCUGUAGCUUGGUCAAAUGUCCCACGUAAAGGCAGUAGAGAUUUCAACACAGCUGGCGGUAAACAAAACGCGGUAAAAUGAUUCUAAUUGAAUAAGGUCUGUCAUUUCUAGCAAGCGCUGACAGGCCUGUCGUUCAUUCAAUAAGGUUCAACAACGUCGACAGCCGGUCGGGUAUAUAAGCCACACUCCAACACUGAUUCUCUACCAGUAGAUCGACUACCUUCCAGCAGCAAGAGCAUCUCUAGCAGCAAGCUUCUUCCUCGCAUAGCAAGUCAGCUUUUCCAGUGUUUAUUAUCUCUACGAGCAAGUACAACGACAAGGAACAGCAUGCCGAACACCAACACUGCCCGCUACACCGCUAGUGAAGAAUUCCCUGACCUAUCCAAGCACAACAACCACAUGUCUAGAUGUCUCACCGAAGAAAUCUACAAGAAAAUGCGAGCAGUCCAGACUCCCAAUGGUUACACCAUUGACUCUGCAAUCCAAACUGGCGUUGACAAUCCAGGGCAUCCUUUCAUCAUGACUGUUGGUUGCGUCGCCGGAGAUGAAGAAUCAUACGAAGUCUUCGCCGACCUGUUUGACCCAGUUAUCGAGGCUCGACACAACGGUUACAAGAAAACCGACAUGCACAAGACCGACAUCGAUCCAACCCACUUGAAAGGAGGCACCAACAUGGACCCAAAAUACGUGCUUUCAUCUCGAGUCCGCACUGGACGCAGCAUCCGUGGCUUGUGUCUUCCACCUCACUGCAGCCGUGCUGAGCGCCGCAAGGUCGAGCAGAUUUCGUGCGAGGCCCUGGCUAAGUUGGAUGGCGACCUUAAAGGCAAGUAUUACCCACUAAAGGGAAUGAGUGAGGAACACCAGGAUCAACUCAUCAAUGAUCAUUUCCUCUUCGACAAGCCCGUCUCUCCUCUUCUGCUCGCAUCCAACAUGGCACGUGACUGGCCCGACGCACGGGGAAUCUGGCACAAUGACAAAAAGAACUUCUUGGUUUGGGUGAAUGAAGAAGAUCAUCUUCGAGUCAUCUCAAUGGAAAAGGGUGGCAACAUCAACGAAGUAUUCAAGAGAUGGUGCACCGGUCUUCAACUUGUUGAGAAGUACAUGAAGGAGAGUGGUUACGAAUACAUGUGGAACUCACAUCUUGGAUACGUCCUUACUUGCCCAAGCAACCUCGGCACAGGUGUGCGAGCUGGUGUGCACUUGAAGAUCCCAUUGAUGUCCAAGUGUCCGCAGUUUGACGAAGUGCUUGGUAAACUUCGCCUGCAAAAGCGUGGAACUGGUGGAGUAGACACUGCUUCAGAGGGCGGUACAUUUGACAUCUCUAACGCUGAUCGUAUCGGUUUCUCCGAAGUUGAGCUUGUGCAGAUGGUCAUCGAUGGUGUUGAGUUUCUCAUCGAAUGCGAGAAGAAACUUGAGAAGGGCGAGAGCCUCGAAAGCGACAUUAAGGGCCUUAAGCAAAAAUAGACCAGUGUCGCGUGUAUUUGGUUGUUGUGACCCUAUACGUGUAUUUGGUUGUUGUGACAUAUAUUUUGUGUGUGUAUAAAACAUUAUUUGUCU